AUGCCAUCAAACUACCCCUCCGCACAAUCCGCCCCUUCAACCUCCUCCUCCUCUCCUCUCUCCCUUCCUUCCCCUCCCAAUGUCACUCUCUCCUCCGCCUCCCUCCUCUCCUCAACUACCGCAGCUGGUUGCCGCCCUUGUUCCGUACCUUUGCUCAUCAAAACAUACCCUUCCACACCAUCCGCCCCUUCAGCUUCCUCCUCCUCUCCUCUCUCCCUUCAUUCCCCUCCCCAUCUCACUCUCUCCUCCGCCUCUCUCCUCUCCUCUACUGCUGCAGCUGGUUGCCGGCCUUGCUUCCAGCUGACUACCUCGUCUCCCCACAUCUGCUCCAUUGCUCUCCCCUCCCCCUCAUGGCGCCUACUCUCGCUCUUACCUCUCUUCCUCUGCGCUUCCGCCCUCACCCUCCUCCCGCCGUACCUCCUCUCCUACCCUUGCCUUCCCUUCCCUCCGCUUCCUUCGCUGCCUCUUUCUCCCCUUGCACCACCUCUCCAACUUGCCGCUGGACCCCCCCUCUUCUCCACCCCUCUACUUGGAUUCCGCUGUCCCAUCUGCGUCGCCGCUCUUCUGCCGUUGCAACCUCUGGUAUUGGUUCUCUGGCCUCUAUCUUCUGUGUGA